CGUCGCGCGGCGUUUAAGGCGUGGCAUCAUCAGUUCCGGGCGCUUGAAGGAGACUCGGGGACGGCGGAGCUGUUCUUGAGUGUUUAGGUGUCGCCGCCGUCGUUACUGCCUGCGCUCCAUGAGGAAGAUGCUUGCUGCCGUCUCCCGCGUGUUGUCUGGCGCUGCCCAGAAGCCGGCAAGCAGAGUGCUAGUGGCGUCCCGUAAUUUUGCAAAUGAUGCUACAUUUGAAAUCAAGAAAUGUGAUCUUCAUCGGCUGGAAGAGGGCCCACCUGUCACCACAGUGCUCACCAGGGAGGAUGGACUCAAAUACUACAGGAUGAUGCAGACCGUGCGUCGAAUGGAGUUAAAGGCAGACCAACUGUAUAAGCAGAAAAUUAUUCGUGGUUUCUGUCACUUGUGUGAUGGUCAGGAAGCCUGCUGUGUGGGACUGGAGGCCGGCAUAAAUCCUACAGACCAUCUGAUCACAGCCUAUCGGGCUCAUGGCUUUACCUUCACUCGGGGCCUUUCCGUCCGGGAGAUUCUAGCAGAGCUAACAGGACGAAGAGGAGGUUGUGCUAAAGGGAAAGGAGGAUCUAUGCACAUGUAUGCCAAGAACUUCUACGGGGGCAAUGGCAUCGUCGGAGCUCAGGUGCCCCUAGGAGCUGGGAUUGCUCUGGCCUGCAAGUACAAUGGAAAAGACGAGGUUUGUUUGACAUUAUAUGGCGAUGGUGCUGCUAAUCAGGGUCAGAUAUUUGAAGCUUACAAUAUGGCAGCAUUAUGGAAAUUACCUUGUAUUUUCAUCUGUGAGAAUAACCGCUAUGGAAUGGGAACAUCUGUUGAGCGAGCCGCAGCCAGCACUGAUUACUAUAAGAGAGGCGAUUUUAUUCCUGGACUGAGGGUAGAUGGAAUGGAUAUCCUGUGUGUCCGAGAAGCAACAAGGUUUGCAGCUGCCCAUUGUAGAUCUGGGAAGGGGCCUAUCUUGAUGGAGCUGCAGACUUACCGUUACCAUGGACAUAGUAUGAGUGAUCCUGGAGUCAGUUAUCGUACACGAGAAGAAAUUCAGGAAGUAAGAAGUAAGAGUGACCCUAUUAUGCUUCUCAAGGAUAGGAUGGUGAACAACAAUCUUGCCAGUGUUGAAGAAUUAAAGGAAAUUGAUGUUGAAGUGAGGAAAGAAAUCGAGGAUGCUGCCCAGUUCGCCACAGCUGAUCCUGAGCCACCUCUGGAAGAACUAGGCUAUCACAUCUACAGUAGCGACCCACCCUUUGAAGUGCGUGGUGCCAACCAGUGGAUCAAAUUCAAGUCAGUCAGUUAAUAGGAAACCACAUGUAAUGGAUGGGCUGGCUAUUCAUCAGCAACUGUAAGGAACUCUGUGAAUAUCCAAAAACUACGGUAUAAGUCUUGGAAACUUUUAAAAGAAUAAAUAGCAUGUAAAUUAUAUUAAUGACAGUAAUCGCAUGCAGGUUGUGCUUAAGUGCUUCAUGUGAACCUAUGAAGAGAUCUGUAUGGUUUAAAACAGGUAAAAGAGUAUUAUCUUCCCCCAAAUUAUUUCCUAAAAUAUUUCUGUUUGUCCAAACAGAGUAAUUCUUUGUAUGCCUUUGGGUGGAGAUCACUGGCCUUGAGUAAUUGCUGUGUUCUCAAAGGGCCCACAGGUAGUGUGGGGGCAGAAGACUGUUCACACUGGUUGUUUCUCCAACAAUAUUUAUUAUUACAAAUAAGAAAGGAUAAAUAUCUUAGUAUAGAUUCAACAUGAAGUUAUCUUAAGUUACAUUCCUAUUAGACAAUAAAUAUAAGGCACAUUCAUAACUGUUUUUAUCUUUCACAUUUAAUCCUAAAACGGGGUACCCGGCCUCUUAUUUUAAACACCUGUUUUUUUUACUUUCCAUCAAGUACUAUAGGGUGUCAUGAAUUUUAUUCAUUUAUUCAUUUCUAAGAACUUCUAAUAUACUGGGAUAUCUAAAGAUUCACUAUCAUAUUACGUAUACUUCUAUAAAUCUUUAAAAUGUUUAUAAAUAGACUAAAACCUUUCAGUAAAGACACUCUUUAAAACUUCAAGUUCUUGAAUUAAUUGAACAAGUCUUUUGUAAGCUCCGUUGUAAACUCAGUAGAAUUUGCAUGUAUGUAGACUGAAGCAUAAACAUGUCAACUAUUUGCUCACGCUGUCCUCGGGUGCAGCUGCAGUCCCUGAGGACUCCUGAGCCUGUCUUCUGUACUGGGAGAUCGCUUGCCAGAGCCUACAGAGGACACCACCCCUGGGAAACAAGGAACAAAUAAGAGUUGUAAGAAAAGCAAAUUUCAAAUUAAAAAUCCCAAAUAUUUUGUCCUUACGACAAAAAGUAAAGUAUAUAACAUUUGCCAUUUAUUCUCAACUAACUUCAAUGUAUGAAGGUGAUACUUGUGCCCCAGCACUGGUAGGACAGGCUAUCUAAAAUGGCAUGGGAAUAAGAGGGCACAUUGCCAUUUAAAGAGCUGAGUGUAGUGUGCUAGCACCUCAUGCCUUUUACCAACUUGAAUCCAGAUUUGGGAGGGGGUAAGUUACCAGCACUUUGUUUUCUACUUUAUUUAAAAGUAUAUUUACAUGAAAAAAGUUCUAUUAUACAAACUGUGUUGAACGUCUUACCGUAGUUGAAGGCACCUUAGGUCUUCCUUAGUGAUAUUAUUAAGAAUAUCAGAAAGAGUAUAAUCCUCUUCAACAAUCUGAAACAAAGUUGAAGUACAUGAGAGCUUUUUGACAUCAUAGGAAUCAUUUUUGAUUAUGAAUCAUUUUUGAUUAUAAAUGUACCUUUUCAAUUGUAUUUGCAUCUGCUCCUUGCCCUUGCAACCAGGCUAUAAGCUCAUUAUUUGUUCCCUGCAAAUGAGGGGGUGCUGGGAUCUCUGCAGUACCUGUAAUGAUUAGAAGCUUAUUGUAUAUUAAUGUGCUUUUUCAAAAGUAAAAUGGAUGUAAGAAACUAUCCAGAUGUAAAUGUGACGUGAAAAGUUGAAUUAAACCUGUAUUAUUCAGCUGCUCUAUACAUAUUAUACAAUUCAGAAUUCUUGGGUUUUACAGAGAGCAGAAUCAUCCUUACCUACCCUACCUUUAAUAAAUAUAGAAUUUGACAUUGUCCAUUUCAA